UGAUGCUGAUAUUUGUCGCGCUCUCUUACACUUAGCAGCUUCAACACCAAAAUCUAACCUUGUUUUAUUCUUUCCUAACAUCAAGAUGUCUAAGAGAGGUCGUGGUGGUUCCGCUGGAGCGAAAUUCAGGAUAUCUCUCGGUUUACCUGUUGGUGCCGUUAUCAAUUGUGCGGACAAUACUGGAGCGAAAAAUCUCUAUGUCAUCGCCGUCCAGGGUAUCAAGGGACGUUUGAAUCGUCUUCCAGCUGCAGGUUCAGGAGACAUGAUUGUCGCUACUGUCAAAAAAGGAAAACCUGAACUUCGUAAAAAAGUAAUGCCCGCCGUGGUAAUUCGCCAACGCAAACCUUUCCGAAGGAAGGAUGGAACUUUCCUCUAUUUCGAGGACAACGCUGGUGUUAUUGUCAAUAACAAAGGAGAAAUGAAAGGAUCAGCAAUUACCGGUCCUGUUGCUAAAGAAUGUGCUGAUUUGUGGCCGCGUAUCGCAUCUAAUGCGAGCAGUAUCGCUUAAUUAGAUCUAAAUAUUGUAUACUUUCAUUUCUCAUACAAAUAAAUAAAACUAAAAAAUUUAA